AUGCUGGAUGUCCCACGCAUCCAGAGUAAAACAUACACUACUCCUAGUCGCCCCUUUGAGAAGGAGCGCUUAGAAUUGGGGUUAAAGCUGAUUGGUGACCAUGGACUACGUAAACAACGGGAAGUCUGGAGAGUCAAAUAUGCUAAUACCCUCCUCCGUCGACUGGCACGUAUUAGUGUACUUGAUGAAGGCAAGAAGAAGCUUGAUUUUUAUCUUGGGUCUGCUCUUGGAAGAGUUCCUCGAGAGACUCUGCAGACCCAGGUGUUCAAGAUGGGCCUGGCUAAGAGCAUUCAUGAUGUCAGAUGUAAGCAAGUGGUAAGCAUCCCCAGCUACAUUGUUCGCCUGGACUCGCAGAAACACAUUGACUUCUCUCUGAAGAAUGUCAAGAAGGGCCAGUCUAGUGGUGAUGCUGGGGAUGAGGAGGCAGAAGAUUAA